GCGUAACAUCUACUGGAAAAAGUAAACAUUUUUACAUUUACAAAUCGCAGAGGUCGAUUCAUGAAAGACGAUAAAAUGCUAUUCUACGAUGAAAAUAAACCAGCGAUACACGAAAAGGAGCUUUCCCUGUAUCUUCGGAACCGAGUCGAACGUAAACGCUCCGAUCAAGGUAAACGCUACGGCAAAUCGUGGUUCGUUAACACAUUAAUAAAACACUCGAAGAUGUACUGCAAGUACAGCAAGCUAGCUGGAUUCAACUAUUUCGUGGAACCUGAAACUUCAUGGUAUAGCAGAGUUCUAUUAAUUCUGGUGUAUUCGGUCAUCGUGCCCGCUAUGAUUUACACAAUUUACCAUCAGCUUGAUGACUUUUUCGAGAAUCCCUGCUUCACAAGCGUGGACACGGAAUAUUUUCCCACGCAGGACUUGAAUUUUCCAGGCGUGGCCAUCUGUAGCAUUAAUCGAAUUAGUCGUCAGGCCGCCCUGGAAAUGGCAAACGAAAUUUUCGAGCGGAACAUUACUCGAUCGUCCAUCGAAGAAAUUCUUGAGAUGUUUACGGAGCUGAGCGUUUUGUACAAUUCCGAGACGUCGGUGCUGAAUCGAACCAACCAAAUCCAUAAACUUCUAACACAGUAUUAUAACGGCGAUUACAAUAUCACUGACAUAAUGAAGCGUCUAACGCCGCAAUGCUCGGCCAUACUUUCGAAAUGCCGUUUCCACGACGAGGACAGAAACUGCUCGGAGGUGUUUGAGUUUCGCAAGACACAGGACGGAUUCUGUUGUAUUUUCAAUUACGCCAUCAAACAAGACGACAGAGCGUUCAACGACGCCGUCGAUCACCGACUAGAACCAGCGAAGGUGGACAACUUUGGCCCAGACCAAGGUCUAUCGGUUUUGUUGGAACCGUUUCUGGACGAUUACUUUUAUUCUAUUUUCCCCAUCACUGGUUGGAAGGUGACGAUUUUCAAUCCUCACGAUUAUCCGGACACUACCAGCGGUGGUGUCUCCGAGAUUUUCGUGUCCGCGGAAACGCAACAGAGCGUGGAGCUUCGUGCGAUCAUAUCUUACGGCACGAAAAACAUUAUGUCAAUCUCGUUGGAGCAGCGACACUGCGUGUUUCCCGAGGAGAUGGAUUCGCCGCACGCUUCUUACACUUACAGCGACUGCAUUGUCGAAUGCAGAACUAGGAACAUAUGGGAUACCUGCGGAUGCAUACCAUUCUAUCUGCCAAAUGAUUCCAAGAGGGUCUGCAACUUGGAAGACGUGCCGUGUUUGUCGCAGCACAAACAUAAAUGGUUUACCGCCAUGCCUCACGCACAUCGCCAUGGCGUUGAUACAAAAGACGAUAACGAAGUUUUGAUUUGCAGCCAUUGCUUUCCCACGUGUAACGACGUGACAUACAGUCUGCAGUCUACAUUCUCUACUCGCAUGACCCGUGGUCGUCAUCAAACUAAACUACUGAACGGCGUCGACUAUGCGAAUCAAAGCACCGUGCAAGUGUACUUCACUCGUGUUGGCACGGUAAAGCUGAAACAAAACGUGGCCAGUCAGUGGUACGACCUUUUGAGCCAGGCCAGUGGAAUCGGUGGCAUCUUUAUUGGUUUCAGCCUCAUCGCCAUCGUGGAGUUGAGUUAUUUCGUCGGGCUUUUCGUGUUGGAAGUUUUAAAAGGACCAGAUUCCUCUGACGGUAUCGAAGAUGAAACUGAGCGUAAACGGUUACCGUUACAGACAAUUUAUUGGGGCGAAUUGUAUCCGAGAACGAGACUCGAGACGAUGGCGAACCGUCCAGAACGAAUUUUGUACGAAUACCUCGCGGAAAUUCGGCCAUUCAUUCUCUACGUUCUCGUUACACGAACGAUGGCUACAACGAACAGUGAAAUGCCGAUUGUAAGCCCGCAACACAGAGAUAAACGCGGCGUUUCGUAUGGAUGGGUUUCACAAGGUGCACGCAAACGAUCCUCGCAAUCGAGCUGCUUUCGAACAUUAACAAAAUGCUUUAAGCUGUACUGCAAACAUUCCAGUUUGGUGGGCCUCAAGUAUCUGGUGGAAGAUCGAGCAACGUGGUUCGAUAGAACUGUAUGGAUUAUGGCAUACAUGUGUACUAUAUUCGUGGUGUUCCUUUUCUCUCUGGUAAUUUAUCAAGAGUUCAUUGAUACACCUAUAACAGCCACACCCGAGGCAGAACCUUAUCAUACUCGAGACGUUGAGUUCCCAGGUGUCGCUAUUUGCAGCAUUAACAGAAUAAGUCUCCGGAAGGUGACAGAAUUGGCGACUGAAAUAUAUAACGCCAAUAUUUCUAACCUGACUCUCGACGAAACGCUCGGAGCACUCUGGACGCUCGGUGGUUUUUACGAGUCACCGUACGCGGAAGCUGAUAAUUACACCCAGAUUACUCUACUUCUCUCCGAGUUUUACAACGAUGACUAUAAUAUCACUGACCUUAUGAUGAGCCUGACUCCGGAAUGCUCGGAAAUGCUCGUGCUUUGUAAGUUUCAAAACGAGAAGGAAAACUGUUCAGACAUAUUCACGCUAAGUCGAACGGAGUUUGGAUUCUGUUGCACUUUCAAUUACAUCCCGGACGACAUGCUCGAAUCUGAGAAAAAAGCACGGCGGGUAGAAAACACGGGCAGGGAAAACGGUUUAACGUUGGUAUUGGAUUCAACUACGGAUGAUUAUUUCUAUCCCAUUUUGUCUACUACUGGCUGGAGGGUUAUGGUAUUCGACCCAAACGAUUACCCCGACAUGAGUACCGGCGGUGUGGUGGAGUUUGUGCUCGCUCCAUUAGCCGAGAAAGACGUGGUACUGAAUGUAGUUGCAUUACGCAGCAGCGAAAAUAUUCGGUCGUAUCCUAUCGACAAACGCGGAUGCUACUUUCCGGACGAAAGACCAUCGAUUUCCACCACUUACACCGCCAGCGAUUGUAUACUAGCCUGCAAAAUAGAAGAUAUAUGGAAUAACUGCAAGUGCAGACCAUUCUUCUACCUCCAGCCACGGCCAACGGAACCCUCCGUCAAGAUUUGCACAACAGAAGACUUACCGUGUCUGAGGAAAUACAGAAAUAAAAGACUUUACACAGUACCUUAUCCAGAUGAAACAUUAUCUUCUCUAAUAAACAAUAGCCGAACGCUCUACUGCCGAAAUUGUUAUCCUUCGUGCGAGGAUAACACAUAUAUAGCUAGCAGUUAUGUUCUUGAAUUGACACCGGAUGACUUCGGUAAACUCUCACGUUACAACGUCAACUCGACAACUUACAGUCUUCUUCAUAUGUAUUUCGGAAAAAGCGAAAUAACGUGUUUGAAGCAAGACAAAAGCUACCGAUGGUACGAGUAUUUGAGCGAUGCCGGUGGCACUUGCGGAUUCUUUAUUGGCUUUAGUCUGAUCAGUGUUAUCGAAAUCGUUUACUUCGGCGCACUCUUCUUUUUGGAAUUGUUGGGACACGAACCUGACCUCGAAGCUGAUAAAGAAGAUGAACAAAUUUCGCACAACCAGCUACCGAUGCCAACCGUGUACUGGAACGAGUUAUUCCCACGUUCGAGAAUUAGAAUAAGAGAACCUAAAUAAUUGAAACGAUC